ACAUUAUAACGUCACAAAUGAUAACAUCCAGAAGCAUUUGGCAACCACGCGCUCCAGUCGAGAAAUUUUUCAAUGAACUCAAAGUUUAUAAAAGUAUCGACAAAAUGAGCGAGCCUCAAUUAAAGAAAGUGAAGAUGUCGAGUUCACUAGCCCAAUUAAAGGAGAUGACAACAGUUGUCGCCGACACCGGUGACUUUGAAGCUAUGAAACAAUUUAAACCAACGGAUGCAACUACAAACCCAUCUUUGAUUCUUGCUGCUGCCACUCAAAAGAAAUAUGCUCAUUUAAUUGAUAAAGCUGUACAUUAUGGCAAGAAGACAGGAUCUACACCAGAAGAACAAAUUGAAGCAGCAUUAGAUUUGACGUGUGUCUUGUUUGGUAAAGAGAUACUUAAUAUUAUACCUGGAAGAGUUUCUACUGAAGUAGAUGCUCGACUAUCAUUCAACAAAGAUGGUAGUAUUGAAAAAGCAAAAAAAUUAAUUGAUUUAUAUGAAGAGAAUGGAAUAAGCAAGGAACGUGUAUUAAUUAAAUUAGCUUCUACCUGGGAAGGUAUUCAAGCUGCAAAAGUACUUGAGGAAAAAUAUGGCAUUCAUUGCAAUCUAACUCUUUUAUUUUCUUUCACUCAAGCUGUAGCUUGUGCAGAAGCUGGAGUAACUCUUAUUUCUCCUUUUGUUGGCAGAAUUCUUGAUUGGUAUGUAGAGAAGACCGGUAUAAAAUCUUAUGAAGCUAAAGAAGAUCCAGGGGUAUUGUCAGUUACAAAAAUUUAUAAUUAUUACAAAAAGUUCGGUUAUAAAACUGUUGUAAUGGGUGCUUCGUUUAGAAAUACAGGUGAAAUUAAGCAAUUGGCCGGUUGUGAUUUCUUAACUAUUAGUCCAAAGUUAUUAGAAGAAUUAGAAAAAAGCAAUGAACCUAUUCAUAAAGUAUUAACGGAGGAUGCAGCUAAGAAAAGUGACCUACAAAAAAUCAGUUUAAAUGAAGCUAAAUUCAGAUGGCUUUUAAAUGAGGAUCAAAUGGCAACUGAUAAAUUAAGUGAAGGUAUUCGUAAAUUUGCAGUAGAUGUACGUAAAUUGGAAAAACUAUUGCAAGACAAAUUACAAGCAUAAGCAUUUUUAUAAAUAAUUGCUCACAGGUGCAAUAAAUAAUUAUUUUGUAAAAAUAAUUAUUGAAGAUAUAAAUU